UGCACGCAUCAUCAGCGUGCUCCUCAAGCUCGAGCUCGUGCUGACAUGGAGGCCGACCACCAGCGGUUGUCGUUCCUCAUGGAAGCCACCUCCAUCACCACCAACGACGGCUCACCUCCCGCCUCUGCAGGUGACGCGGCCGGCGACCACAGUGGAGGCGGCGAGUUCACGGCGACUCCUGUCGCGUGGCCAGUGCUGGGACUCCAGGGGAGCUCCAGUGGUUCAUGCAGUGCGCCGGAGUCGCCGCUCAUCGGGGUGCGGAAGCGGCCGUGGGGCAAGUACGCGGCGGAGAUCCGGGACUCCACCCGCAACGGCGCCCGUGUUUGGCUUGGCACCUUCGACACUCCGCAUGCCGCCGCGCUCGCCUACGACCAGGCCGCCUUCUCCGUGCGCGGCCCGGCCGCCGUGCUCAACUUCCCUGUCAAGGUUGUGCAGCAGUCGCUGCGCGCGCUCGGCAUCGGCGGGGCCGCCGCCGCUGGGGACUCGCCUGCGCUCGCGCUGAAGCGCCGCCUAAAUCCCAAGAACAAGAGGAGGACGGGCACGGCGACGGCGGCAGCGGGGGCCGACGCUGCAUCGUCAUUGUCAACGUGCGUGCUGGAGCUGGAGGACCUUGGAGCCGACUACCUCGAGGAGCUGCUCACAAUGUCGGAUCUGUGA